AUGGCAAAUCACAUGAAAUACUUCAUCGCGGAACCAGUUCCCAAUGUUGACGCUUCUCCACCUCAUCUCAACAAUACGCUGACUCUGGCGUAUCAAACGCAUGGAAGCCCAAAUAAUCCCGCAAUUCUCAUCCCUUCAUGCUUCAGUGGAAGAGUCGAGUCCACGCUGAGCUUUCUUUAUGAUGGUCCCAACGCCCCUCUCAAUGACUACUUCGUGGUGGUUUGCGGACUCCUUGGCGGAGGCGAUUCAUCAUCGCCUUCAAACGCGCCGAGCCAUUUGCGUGGACUAAACUUCGCCAAGGCGACAUACCAAGACAACAUUCGGCUUCAACACGAGCUGUGUAAGUCUCUUGGCGUCUCUCAACUCGAAGCCUACAUCGGAUUCUCCAUGGGCGGUCAACAAGCAUACUACAUGGCUGUCCUGCAUCCAGAUUUCGCCAAACGUAUCGUCGUCCUGGCUAGCUCGGCCCGAACCAGCUGGCACAACAAGUCUUUCCUGGAGGGGCCCAAGACGGCGCUCCUCAAUAGCAUAGACUGGUUCGACGGUGCGUAUACACAGCCAGCAAGGAAGGGGACGCAGGCUUUUGCUCGUGCGUAUUCAACUUGGGCGCUCAGCUCUGAUUGGUUUCGGCAGAGAUGCUGGGAGACUCUGGGUUGUGUGUCUGUCGAAGACUACUUGACUAAGUAUUGGGAUCAGAUGAUGGGAUCGCUGGACGCGCUGGAUUUGAUGUGCAUGCUGCAAACAUGGUAUCCUGGGGACAUUUCCACUGCUGAAGAAGGAGAUGGCAGUUUGGAGACCGCUUUGGGAAAGAUCCGUGCUGAGGUUUUGCUUAUGCCUUGUCGAACUGAUCUCUAUUUUCCUCCGGUAGAUAGUGAGCAGGAACUGAAGCAUCUGAAACAUGGCAAGCUGAGGGUCAUUGAGAGUGCAUGGGGUCAUCUUGCGGGAGGUGAAUUCGGGCCUCAGCAGGAUAAGGACUUUAUUAGCGCCGAGAUUAAGAGCUUCUUGUCGUAG